AUGACAGGCCGUUCAUAUUCAUCCUAUGAUGCCGGCACCGACAGCUACGUAUCUCCACCUUUUGAUGGUUCGCGUGCCAUAGCAAAUUCAACCUUUUCAACUAGCGGUGGCACUGUUGGUAGCAACGGUGUCGGGAUAAGUGCCGGCCCAGGCCCUAUCAAUGCGUCUGGAUAUCGUCCAUACUAUUCCCCGGCUACUUUUGAGUCGCCUCUUAAGGUGCGUGAGCCUUCAUUUAGCAACUACACUGGCGCCACCAUUGUGUCAUCAGCAACUAAUAGUGGUGUGGGAAAUAGCACUAGUGGUGGUCUUGUUUCUGGAAUCUCUGGGGGGUCUGGUUCUGGAAACAGUGGUUCGUCAGCUGCCUCAGCACUUUCAUCCUUCACACGCAGCAUUGCUGGAUCCCGUUCAAGUCCUGGUGGCGGGCCGAUUGCGACGGGCCGUAUUGAGAAAGGCGAUUACGAUUAUUUGGAUAUGGGCUCCGCAAAUGAUACUGUUACUGAACUUCUCAAGUCGAUGAUUCGACUGUAUGGCAAAAUUUUUAUUUCGCAACCCUGGCGCGUGGGCCGGUUACUUUUGCAGGUCGGUGAUUGGGCUGAAACCGAAGAUCCGACUUUUUUUGAAGUUGACGAGAACGAAGAAGAAGAGGCUGAAGAGGGUGCUGGUAAUGUUUCUGGGGAUGAAGAUUUAUAUGACAACAAUAAGAAAUCCCGAUAUGGUAGCCGUCACGGGGGCAGCUCACUUGAAUUCCGUAACAGUAGCGCAUCUCGACGACGGGAAAAUGAUGGCUACGAGUUGGAUGAUGCUGAAGAAGAAAUUGAUGAUGAGAUGAGUUACUUUACAUCUGUUGGAGAAGACUUGUCAACUCGAAAUGUACGCACACACUCACCGCGUGGUCCUGCUGGGUCCCGUUCUCGUGGUAAAGGUCCUAGUGGAAUUCGUAGUCCGGAUGAUACUAAAUCGCGUCGAAACUCGGUCAAGAGUGAGACUAAGGAUGUUUCAGUUACAGCUGCACAAAUUUCGCGACGCGAGCGACGACGGCAGUUUGCACGGUACGUGAACCGUGUGCAGCCUUUGAGUACAGACUUUACAGACCUUAUUUCUGCAAUCCAUGGUCGUGACGGUCUGCGCGGAAUUUGGAGAGCUGUAAAUACAUCAUUUAUCAUGGACGCUCUGCAAGUGACGAUUGAGGCCUGGCUUUCUGGGUUCUACGCAUCAUUGACUGGCGUUCCUGAUCCCCACUUUUUGGAUGUGGCAUACUCUCCUACCCCAGGAGUGUCACUGCUGACAGUUGUUGCAGCUGCUACUACUACGGCUGUGAUUCUUGCUCCUUUAAGCAUCAUUCGCACACGACUCGUGACAACGACACUAGGGACUGACCCACGAUCUGUGCGGACAUCGAUUGCGCAGCUGGACUCGUGGACGUGUCCCUUGCCGGUGAUUUUGCCUACAAUUUUGUAUGCCAGUGCCACGUCACUUGUACGCAAAUCUGCUGGAUACGUGAUCCAUGUUGUUCUUGGUGUUGACAAGAUUGUAUCGCCUGUACUGCAUGGGGCUUUAAGCUUGACCGGGACAAUGCUUGAAGUGUGUGUAAAGUUACCUUUGGAGACGAUGGUGCGCCGCUCGCAUAUGGACUACCUGACGGAGGGCAAUACUUUUGGCAUUCUGACUACCGGCGGAUUGACUGGAUCUUCUAGCGGAACAGGAGAUGGCGAUAGUGGCGCGGUGAGCGAUUCUAGUGUGGUAAGCAACAGAUCGUCUGCUAAUUCGACGCGCAAGAGAACACGGACUGUUACAGGAACUGGACUUGCUCGUCGAAGACAGCCACGGAAGCUGGCUCCCCGGGAUCUGAUUGUGAAACCUGUGCAGUAUGAGGGUGUCCUGGGGACUUUGUGGUCAGUUGUGACUGGCCGGGUCGGAGUUGAAACGCUGUACCGGGGCUGGAGAGUGUCUGUGCUUGGUGUGAUUAGUGAAUGGGGUGUAGAGACGCUAGACAGCCAGGAGCUGGGUGAUGGCACCAAGGAGCGCUUUUAG